CUUCUUCUCAAGGUCGACGCUAAACACCGUUCAUUGUGUUGCCACGCCGCUUCUAGGAUUUGCACGAGCUUUACAACUUCUUCUCUCAUCUCAUUGCUCUCAUAAUGGCCACAGCCACAGAGCCUGGGCUAGACUCGUCACAUGCAAAUGACCCUGGCAUGCCAUCAAUACAACAGAAUCGCGGCCUGCGGUUUUGGGGCACCUUCGUGUGUCUUUGCAUUCUCGCCUUCAUAUCAGCCUUAGACGUCGCUGUCAUUACAAUCGCAUUACCAACCAUUACCAACGAGAUUGGCGGAGCUCAUCAGUAUAUAUGGAUUGCCAACUCGUUUGUCGUUGCAUCCUCAGUACUGCAGCCUCUAAUCGGCCAGCUAGCUGAUGCGUUUGGUCGCCGCACACCACUAAUCUCUUCAGUAGUCGCGUUUGCACUAGGUAGCGGGCUUGCUGGUAGUGCCUAUAAUGCGGCUAUGCUAAUUGCGGGCCGCACUAUCCAGGGCGUUGGCGCAGGUGGCAUUUACAUCCUGCUUGAUAUUGUAUGCUGCGAUCUCGUUCCGCUGCGGGAACGGGGGAAAUAUUUAGGAUUAAUGUUCUCGUGGUCUGGUGUUGCGGCCGCGCUAGGUCCACCAGUCGGAGGCGCUCUGGCUGAGGCGAACUGGCGUUGGAUCUUCUACAUGAACCUGCCCAUUUGUGGUGUGGCCUUGGGAGGACUCUUGCUCUUCAUGCAAGUCAGAAGUGGCGCAACAAACGCGAAUGAGUUAGGCAUCAUGGCCAAGCUUGGACGGUUGGACAUUAUCGGAAACGUCAUCUUCACCCCUAGCAUGAUCUCUCUUCUCAUAGGGCUGAUCGGAGGCGGCACUCAGCAUCCAUGGUCAUCCUGGAGGAUCAUCUUACCACUCCUGCUAGGGAUUAUUGGCUGGAUCUCUUUUCACAUUCUACAGUUCUUUGUCGAAUACCCAAGCGUACCACCGUGUCUAUUUAGUAAUCGUACCUCUGCUACGGCUUUUCUGUUGACAUUUACCUCGUCAGUCCUCCUACAGGUCCUAUCCUACUUCCUGCCCAUAUACUUCCAAGCGGUCAAGCAUACAACAGUGCUCAGAUCUGGCAUACUGUUUCUUCCCUUCGCCUUGGGCGCCUUGGUUUUUGCUGUCGUCGCAGGCACUCUGCUCAGCAAGUUCGGCAAAUACCGUCCGUUGCAUGCGCUUGCCUUCGCCCUAGCAUCAGUGGCAUUUGGUCUAUUCACACUGCUAGGACCCAACACACCUGAAUUCGCCUACGUAUUGUUUGAGUUGAUUGCUAGUGCGGGCAUGGGAAUGAUUAUGUCGGUUCUCCUACCCGCUAUCAUGGCCCCGUUACCGGAAAAGUACGUCGCCUCAUCUUCAGCUACGUACAGCUUUGUACGUACGUUUGGUUAUAUCUGGGGCAUUACCAUUCCCGGCCUCAUAUUCAACGCCGUCUUCAAUCACCACCUCCCGACUAUAUCCGAUCCAACAGUACAGUCACAGUUACGCGGAGGCGCAGCCUAUGCUUUUGCAAGCCAAAUGCAUGCCUUGCAAAACACGCUGAGCCCUGCUGUAUGGGGUGAAGUAAUUGCAAUCUAUGUGAAGAGUUUGAAGGCUAUCUGGUGGGUGUGCUUAGGUAUUAGUCUUCUGAGUUUCUUUACAGUUGCACUGGAGCGCGAGGUAAAACUCCGAGAAGAGCUAGAUACAGAGUAUGGCUUAGAUUAA